AUGAUGGAAGAGAGCGGGAUAGAGACGACUCCACCUGGAACGCCCCCACUGAGCACAGCGGGGGCAGGGCCUGUACCCACCACUACUGCCCCAGUCUCAUUAGGUAUAAGUGUUUCAUCAGUGACUUGUCUUGUUUGUUCACAUGGGGGUUUUUCCUUUUAAAUUUAGUAGUUCUGAGUCAGUAAAAGGAAAGGUUGCAGUUCCUUCUGUUUGACGAAAGAAGGGCUCCUCUUCUGGAACGAACUCGGAUCCAGUGGAGGGUCCUGCUGGACGUGGGGGUGGAGGGUUUUUUUGCUAGCCCCUUUUGUAGUCCUACCUUUCAGUCUUUUCUGGAGCGUCUUGCAAACAUUCAGAGCAGCAUUUUAGGGGGCUGCAAGGGAAGAAGAGACUGGCAGAAGUAAUCUGUCCUUCCACUUCCAGGUGAGCAUCCCAUGAGUGGAACUCUGCUCAGGAGAAAUCUGGACCCAGCCCAAUAAACUUUUCCACACUAUUUUUUAAGUAUUUAAUUUGUUGCUUAUUUCUAACUCACCUUUCGCUAGCUGGUCCCAGGGAGGAAUACAGUAAGAAGUCAAGAAAGCUGUGACUAUAUAAAUACACGUGUAGGGGGCAGACAGCUUUAUACUUUAUUAUUUGCCCCUCCCAACAGCUCCUUAGCUGACACAAAGAGUUUGAGCAGAUGCUAAGAAUUACAUUUCUUGCUUAUGAAAUUGUGCUGGGGUAUCAGACAUUCAUUUUAGGAUACGGGGGGAAUAGCUGGUUUAUGGGCCGAUGUUGGGACAUCAAAGCACCUUGCGUUAUGAGGUGCAUGUCUGAACCCACAUGCAUGCCCACAUGUGCAUAUGAACCCAGCAUACACCAUUGACAGGAAUGGAACCACUGAUACACACCCACCCAUGGCUAGAAAGCAGAAUUCAAGAUACAUCUGCAUUUGGGAAAGUGCACGCAUGAGAUGCUGCUCUCAGCCGAGUGCUAUCUUACAUGCCAUGUCUUGCCAGAUCAAAGUCAGAGUGGUAGUUUAGUUCAAAAAGUGGAUUGAGCUUAGAAAAGGUAUUUCAGAAGGAAAGGAGGAGCUCUUUUAACUUCAAGGGUCUGGAGCCUUUGCUUGCUGCCAGCCACACUAAUUAAUUGGGGAGGGUUUUCAUUUGAGCUUAAAGUGUCACUUAAAUUCAUGUUAACAUUUCAAUCCAAUGACCUGCCUUCAAUUGCAUUUUAAAACAUAUGCCGUUUGAUCUCUAAAUUAUAACUUCAUUGGUUGAAAAUGCUUAAUAUUUGCAGCUCAGUAAUAAACCUUUGCUUGCACAGGAAGAGCUGGCUAUGCAUUGUGUCGUGUCACAUGGUUAAUCUUUGACUUCUUACCUGUUGGGCUAUUUCCUUAAUAUAAGUUAUUUGCUAAUCUGCUACAAAUAUAAGAUGUUUUCGCUCUAUUAUUCUGCUGCAGUUCUUUUGUUUGUAUCAUUCUAAAAGUUUUAAAAAGCCCCUCAACUAAAACUUGCCUUCUCCUUUUCCUCUCUCUCGCCCUCAGCCUUAACUCCUUCCCUCCCUCCUCCCUCCUCUUUUCCUCCUUCCCAAGCACCAUUUUCCUCGCCUUUGCCAUCUGCAGGCUCCUCUCUUCCAUCCAUGACGACAUCCCCGGUGCCUUUGCCUUUCGUGCCUCCCAUGGCACUUUCAGCGGGUGCCUCCCUUGGGACCUCGAGGCCACCCAUGAUGACACCGCCAGUCGCCUCGUCCCCUUUCAGCAGCCCCCGUCCCCAGUUCUCAUCCCCUCCACCCCUGAGUUCAACUCCUGGCCCUGUGCUUUCUGCCCCUCCCACUGGUCCUCCCAUAUCAGGGUUUUCUAUGGCAUCAACCCACGACAUCACCAAAGGCCAUGCGGGACGAGCACCACAGACGCCCCUGAUGCCCUCGUUUUCUGCACCUUCAGUCACCGGUAACCAUAGUGUUUUUGCUUGGCUUUUUAAAACAAGAGUUUAUCUAUAUUGGUUGUUGUUUUACCGAGGAAACCAGUACUGAUUCUUUACCAGGAGAUGCUGGCUGGUUCCAAAUGGCUUGGGGCUGGCUCCUGCACCCUUGCCCCACCAUGCGUGGACCUUGACCAGGAAGUGCAUAUUUAUGUAGGCCAUGCUCACGUGGGUUGCCUUCCCUCCUCCCUUUUAUUUUCAAAUGCUACUUAUUAAAUGUUCUCUACGCUGCUUUUCAAUUAUGGAAAACUAAAGUGAUUCACAUAGCGAUAAAACUUAAUAAUGUCCAAGAAAAACAAUUUACAUGAGUAAAAUCAUCACUGAUUUAUAUUUAAUAAUAAUAAUAAUAAUAAUUAUUAUUAUUAUUAUUAUUAUUUAUACCCUUCCCAUCUGGCUGGGUUUCCCCAGCCACUCUGGGCGGCUCCCAGCAGAAUAUUUAAAACACAAUAAAACACCAGAGUAAGGGUCAAAGCAAGCCUGUGGCUUCAGUUGACUGUGAAAACACCCAACAGUUGUUGCUCACCUGUUCUCAUUGGGGAGAGUGUUCCACAUUACAGGCUCCACAACAGAGAACACUCCCUCUCCACACGCACAUCAGAUGGAGCUAUGUGGGUCAUGGUAUGGUCAGAAUGGCCCCAUCUGUAAGACCAGUGUCUUACCUGGUCUUACAGAUCUAACCUGGUCCCAAGCUGUUUUCAGCCACUUUUUAAACCCACAAACACUGUAUUGCAAGUGUGAGGUUGACUUCUAGGCUGUGGGAUAUAUACAGCCCUUAAGACGUUCCCCAGCCCACAUUUCCCCCUCCCUCCUCUCACACCAGCUCUCCUCGGGUACUUUAGCCAGGCUGGAAGGUGUUAUUGAUAACAUCGGAAUGGCUUGUUGAUUAAUUAAGAAAAGCAAUGUGAUAUUAGAUGAUCAGCACUUCGUGAAAUUCACAGCAUGGGAAGUCACCCAAAGAUAUAAAAUUCGGCAUUUAUAUUUGGCUUUUUUAUUGUAUUGUAAUUUGGAAUGUUUUAAUGUGGUUUUUAUUGGAUUAUUAAAUUGGAAAACUUAAUAAAUAUUAUAAUAAAAAGCAAGGUAUUAUUGAACUGUGAUAAUGCCUCUUGCUUGCCAAGAUGGAGGUUGGAAAGAGGCCUGUGUGAGGGUUGAAACUGCCACUAGUUUUACGUGGUCAGAAUGUGGCAGUCUAUUCCAUUGUACAGUUACCUCUAAACUCAAAUUGUGUCUUUAAACUGGUAAAGGUCUUUCGACAUAAACAGGUUUUUUUCUGGAAAACUGAAGAUGUUCAGUAUUGUUUUAAUUGUUGAAUAAGAAAUGGCAGGUUACAGCAGUUGCGAACCAUGGUGGGUUACGCAAAAUGUUUCCUUGCUGUUGGUUUUCAGGUGUCUUCACUGGCCCAGCAUCACAGCAGCCCUGUGGGGCACCCCCACUGGCACCUGGCUUUGGAGCAGGCUCUUCAAUUACUUUCCCAGAGGAACACGAAGACCCCCGGGGAGCUGUCGUGCAGAGUGACGCAUCUGCUGGAGGAGGACUAUGGGGCUUUAUCAAAGUAAGGCUGAAAAGCAAAGGUAGCUGUGCUGCUGGUCCAUAAGAAAAGCCUCCAAACCACACAGUCAGACAAUAGUUUCUUUGUGACCAAGCAUAUAUUACAGAAGUGAGGCAGGUUUUUGAGUUCUCCAGAUCCUUUUAUCAGGCAAGAUGCUACACAGAGCAGGAGGGGAGGGGGGAGUAAAAAAAAAUAAUUAGGCUGGUGGUGUAGCCAUGAGAAUAGAGUGGUACCUUGGUUUACAACCAUAAUCCAUUCCGGAGGUCUGUUUGUGCACCAAAGCAGGUUGUAACCCAAGGCGCGCUUUCGCCAAUGGGGCCUCCCAAAAAAAUUUGUUUGUAAUAAAAAAAAAGGGGUUGUAAUCCAAAAAAAGCUUGCAAACUGGGAAACGCACUUCCAGAUUUGCUGUGUUUGUAAUCCAAAAUGUAUGCAAACCAAGACAUAUGCAAGCCAAGGUACCACUGUAGUUUUUAGACUGUUCUGAGUUUGAGCACAUGGGCACACAGAGAGAGUGGGGCUAGCAUGCGUGCCUUUACUCUCUCUACUUGUAUUUUGCAUUCCCUGAGCUGGUGUCAUAUAUUUACUUGUAUAAGAUAUUGACAAGCCGCUCUUCACCUCAAUAGCAAUCCCAGAGCCACCCUCAAAGUAAAAAAUGCCGCACCCUCCAACAUUUCUCUGAUGAAAAUAGAGAUGUCCCCUCUUAACAUUUCUCCGAUGAAAGUAGGGGUGUCCUAAUGAAAAGCAGGACAUUUCUGGAUCAAAUCAGAAACUGGGACAGCUUCUGUAAAUCUGGGACUGUCCCUGGAAAUUAGGGACACUUGGAGGGUCUGAAAUACAACAUCUGCAAGAAGCAAAUGGCUGAAUCAGGCAUAGCCUUGAGAGCAAAAUGAGCUGAAUGAGUUGUGCCUUUUCCCUGCAGGGUGUGGCAGGGAAUCCUGUGGUGAAGUCCGUGCUGGAUAAAACCAAGCACUCAAUGGAGACAAUGAUCACAACUCUGGAUCCUGGCAUGGCUCCCUAUAUCAGUAAGUGGAGAAAGCCUGUGGGCCUGGGGGGGGGGGCAGCAUGCAACUCAUCCUACUCAGGGCCCUCACAAACCUAGGCUGCAGCAAAGCCUCUCUUUUGGGGUUGUUGGUUGAUGAGACAUUGUCUCUUUCUGUUUCUAAUUGAUGGAUCACAAUCUUAGCUUCUCCUGCAAACAUCAGGCCACACAGCCAGUGGAGGCAUUUUGCAGAUUUGCCAAGUGCAUCUUCAUAGCAAUACAAUCUUCACUGACGUUGCUCCCGGUGUGUUUCGAAGAGUGAACUCAUAAAGGAAGUUACAACGGCCGCUAAUUUGAUAGUAUUGGGUAUCUAGUUGCGGGACAAGUGGUUGUAGCAGCCAAUGGCUGCAUUUGGUUUUGUGAGAAGUGAAAGAGUCUAGCUGGCCUCCUCCCAGCCUUAUGUGCUCCUCCACUCACCCCUCUUUCUCACACAUGGUUGGGAGAAGAAGUGGGGGGGAAUAUUUUGCUUCCACUUUCAGUUAACCACAGCUUGGCAUGUCAUUCAGACCUAGAACAGUCAUCAGUCUUAACUAUGGUUAGUUUAAACAAGUUGGCUUCCUGAAGCCAUGGUUUGAAGUUGGUUUGUUUGAAGGUAACCAUAAUGAGGAUUAACAAUUGGUCUAGAUGACCUGACAAACAGCAUUGUGGAAACUUCCAGACUCUUGGCCAUGCAGGAGGUGGGGGAGUGGGUAACCCCAUAUGGAAGCCGCUUAUUCACAUCUCACUAAACCAUAGCAGAGCAUGAUGCAGGGCUUUUAGUAUGGCUGCAGCUGUCCUGAUAUGUGCCUGCUAUCUGCACCUUCCAGAAAAGAAUUGAAGACAUUUUUGUUCGGUCAACACCUAGACUGGUGUGUGUGUGUGUGUGUGUGUCUGCCAUGAGUGUCUGCAUUGUAUAGUUUUUUUAAAGCUAGUUGCUGCUGUCUGCUGUUUUCUGUGCCAUUUUAAAUAUAUAUAGUGCGUUGCCUUGAGACACGUGUGUGAAAGAUGACAAUAAAUAUGCACCCUGGUCCAUCUCCAGAUAAUUGCUUUGCCAAGAAAAGGGAGGGAUCCUGACUGGCAAACACAAGUUCUCUCCCACCCCACCCCACGGUCUGAAUGUAUCUGCCUGUAUAGGAUUAUGUUUUAAUGUUUUUUUGUUAUAGAAUCUGGGGGAGAACUGGACAUUGUUGUCACUUCUACUAAAGAAGUCAAGGUUGCUGCUGUAAGAGAAGCUUUUCAGGAAGUGUUUGGAAUGGCCACAGUUACAGGAGAAGCUGGGCAGUCCAACAUUGCGCCACAGCCAGUUGGCUACGCAGCUGGAUUGAAGGCGAGUCGCCGUCGUUUCCUGGAGAUUUGUAUCACUUUUGUGAUAUUUUAAAAAAUCAUUUAAAAUGUACCUUCACUUGUUUCAUACACAACAAUGUAGCACCUAAUAACUCUUUGGCAAUGUUUUCUUUUUCACACGACUACAUUUUAUAAUCUACAAAAAUGAAACAAAGCAUAAUCCAUUUUUAUAAAAGCACAAAAUAAGGACUUGGUCACUAAGGAACCAAAGACACACUGAGAUUGCAGUUGAGCGUCCCAUUUCCCUGCUGUAAACUUGAAUAUUUGCAGUUGGUUUACUUCAGAUCUUUGUUUUUUUUUUUUUAGAAUUGAUAUUUAUUAAAUUUUCAAAAAGUAACAAGUAACAACAAAAAUUUCCAAAAAAGUUUGAAAAUACAAAUAAAACAAAAAUAAUACAGAAAUAAUAAAGAAGAAAAAACCCAGCCGCAAAAAGAAAAAAAGAAAAACAGAAAAACAGAAAUAUAAAAUCCUUUACGAUCUCCAUUAACUUCCUUUCUAGACUUCCUCCUCCUUCCCUCUCUUGUUUCUUAGUAUUUAAUUUUUACAGCAAAUCCUUUCUGUUUUUUCAUAACAAUCUAUCAUUGCGUUUCCUUAUUCUAUUUUCCCUCUUGUCAUAUAAAAACUUUAAAACUCAAAGCUUAUAUUCAAUAUUUAGCAAAUUCUUACAUCAUUACCUUUUUCAAAUCAUUUACCAAUCCUUACUUAAGUCAUAUAAUUUCAUUCAACAUCCUUCAAACAUUUAUAAACAUUCCCAAUAUUAAAAAUAAGAAAGCAAAAACAAUAAGUCAGAUUCAAUCCAGUCAACUUCCAGCCUCCCUCCCCUGGACCCGGGAUUGUCAGUCCUUUUAACCUCAAUAAUCCAGCUCCUUAACCUGGUUGUCUCGUAUCCGAGGCCCUCAAGUCUCUUUCUUGCCCCUUUCGCCACUCUUGUUGAUAUUUCCCUUUCAGUCGUGGAUACUCCAGCAAGAAGAUGCUUUUGACUCUUUGCAGCAAAUCCAUCCCAAACCCAUUACCUAAGCCAGACAGCAGAUAAUACCACUUCCAAUUUCCACAAAACUUGGAGACUUCGACUACUCCAUUCCUCUGAUGGCCCAUCACUAGACUCGGAAAGUCCAAAUAACCAUAUAGAGGGGUGUUAAUCCAUCCCCCAUUUCCAAAUCUGACCACAUUUCAUCUUUCCGAAUCAGGUUUGUCCCAAGUUCAUUUAUCAAGUUCAAAGACUGAUCUUGCCCAUCCAUAGGUCCCUCCAUCUCUGAAGCCUCCGUCGCUACAGCAGGUUCAUAUACUUGUGUAGACUUUAACUGAAUUUCAUUUGUUUGCUGCUGUGCUCUGGUAACUUCCGUCCUCAUCAAGGUCGACUCCUGACGCAUCUGGUCCAGCUGGGCACUUAAUUUUGCAAAACCUUCCAGGAACACUUGUUCAAGCCUUUGUACAAGCAUUGUCCUUCAAGGUCAGAAAAAAUUCUUUCCCACGAGAAUGAUCCUUCUCUUUUAAACUCUCUGCAUUGCAAUUUCACUCAGUUCCACUAGAUGGAAAACCCUUUUUUUUUUUUUUUUAAGAGGGGGAAAAACAACAGUAACAAUCUUUCUUUUUCCAGAAACACUUUAUCCAAAAUUACCCCCUUUCAAAUUCAAGAGGCAACAGUAGAAUCAAAAUGUUACCCUUCUUUUAACUAUCUGUCGAGCUGGAUAAGCUUCAAAACGUCAGUUCUGACAGCCCGCUCCUGGUUCAGGGCGGUGGAAAAUUACUUUAUUUUAAACUCACUUCCGCAGGGUUGAAAAGAUCAAAACAACCCCCUUCUUCUCCUGCACUAAAAGGGGGUUCAGAAAUCUUAGAUGUUGAAUUUUAGUUCUCUCAGAAUUUAGUUUUCAGGCUUUAGUAUAAUUUGUCUUUGCUUUCUUCACGUAACAAAAGAACGGAAGGCGACUUCCUGUUUAGACCUUUCCGUUCCGAGUCCCAAUUAAAUUCAAUUUCAAGUUCAAGUCCAAUGUUAUUUAUUUAUUCACCAAUCUUAAAAGUAGUUCAGCUCUUCCAGGAUCGGGUACUCACGGAUAGAUGUUUUAGAUGCCAAAUUGUCCAGGAAAAAGGCAGCGCUCUCCAAAACGGCAGUGCGGCUUUGCUGCACGGAGGAAGCAGACGACUCACAGCACCACGCACCUCCACUCCGGAGCCCGCUACCGGGCUCCUGUUCAAGGAGAGAGCGCUCUCGGUGCCCGCCGAGUCCCACGCCCACAGGCUUCUUCCGCCUGUGUUUUUGAGGGUCCCCGCUGCGCCGUAGCGGCAGGACCCAAGCCUCCGUGCAGCGGGUUCCCUUCAGUUCGAAGGGAAUUCCGCCAUUUUCCGGAGGCGCCACCCCGGAAGUUCUCAGAUCUUUGAUUUUGCUUUUGGCUAAGGUUCAUCGCAAGCAGUAAGUACUGAAUGAGAGCUGUAUUGACUGUAUUGUCUGCUUCUUUUCCUUGUCCUUUAGGGAGCUCAAGAAAGGAUUGACAGCUUGCGCAGGACAGGAGUCAUUCAUGAGAAGCAGCCUGCCGUGUCUGUGGAAAAUUUCAUUGCGGAAUUGCUUCCUGACAAGUAAGGCCAUUUAACAUGUUACUCAAGAUAAAAGUCAAUUAGUAUCAUAUCCACAGGACUUGUUGAUACUCUAAACAGGAGCUGGAAUAAGAGUUGUCUGCCUGUUGCAGUUGCUUGGUAUAAUUCACCCUCUUGUCCCUAGUGCUUAAAACUGGGCAUAGUUUGCAUAACCCAUAAUUAAAUAAUUCACUUUCAAGCGUGGCCAGAUCCUGCAAUGUUUAGCAAGCAAAACCCUGCCGGAACAGACCUCUGACGUUUUGUAAUUAACUUCCUUAGAGUUUGGAACGUGACUAUAAAUUCUGGAAAAAAAGCUAGUUCUUCCUUGUUAGCUUUUGGCUGGGAAAACUAAAAAUUGUUUCCAAAGGGAAAGUGUUAGUGGAGGUGCCUUGGCUGCCUGCCUUUCAAAACUACUAAGCUCUCCAAACAGUUAAUACGCGGAAUUCGUAUUUAAUAUGAUUUGAUAAUAAACUUUUUGUCACUGUAACAGGUGGUUUGAUAUUGGCUGCCUAAUUGUCGAAGAUCCCGUCCAUGGCAUUCACCUCGAAACAUUUACACAAGCAACGCCAGUGCCUUUGGAAUAUGUACAACAGGUAAGUUUUAAUCUCUAAGGGGCUGAAUCCUUUUCCAACGCAGCAGGUAAAGCCUCUUCUAAGGGAUGGUAGCCAAGAACCCCAGAAUAUCACUCUAGUUGUACACACUUCUAAAAAUGAUUGCCAUUAAAUUCUAUCACCUUUAGUGUCUCUUUCAUUGCAUAUAUUUUAAAAAAUAAUGUGGAUUACAUUUGAUUGAUUGAUAUCUAUACCGCUUAAUAUAUUGAACAUUUGUGAGUGAGCUGGCAUAAGCAUUGGGGGAUGUUCCUUAAGAAGAUGGUCUGUAGGCUGGAGGGCUUAGAAACCACAGCGAGUCAGCCUCAUUCAUUCUGAGGCACCUUUGAACAUCCUGCACUGCCAGGAGGCUCAGAAUCACAGAAUUGUAGAGUUGGAAGGGACCCCAAGGACCAUCUAGUCCAACCCCCUGCAAUGCAGGAAUCUUUUUGCCCAAUGCGGGGCUCAAACCUGCAGCUCUGAGAUUUAAGAGUCUCAUUCUACCAACUGAGCUAUCGCAGGCUCCUCAUGUUUAGUGAGAUUCCCCUUCCAAUUUGGGCCCAUUGGUUCCACUUCCACCCUCUGGAGCAACAGAAAGCAAAUGUGAGAGCCUUCUAGCCGUCUAUGCUCCAUGCUAAACGUACCCAGCUCUUUCAACCUCAUCUCAGAGAACCUAGUCAUGGGCACUGAUGGUGCUGUGAAAAAAUGUCUAUAAUCUGCUGUCACUGGGUGAAAGUUUGGCCAAUUUGUUCCUGAAAAGGAGAAAAUAAAGUGUUCCUGUUGUCCCUUAGCCUGUUAAACCAGAGGUUCUUUUCACAACAAAUUUCACUAGCAGCACUUUAAAUUCUAUAGAAUUUCUAUAGAACUUAUAGCUGCUAUAAAACUUUGACUGUUACACUUGUUAAGUCAAAUGCUAAGAGCAGUAUUAUUUAUGCUUUUUAAUGAACUUUGAACUAUGGCGAUAUAGCUCUGGAGGAGGUUGAACUUGCUUGGGUGCUUCUCCUUUUCCCCUGUACUCACUCCCGAUUUAAAUUAUUUCACAGGCUCAAAGUCUAACUCCUCAGGAUUAUAACCUAAGAUGGUCAGGUUUGUUGGUGACAGUGGGGGAAGUGAUAGAGAAGCAAUUACUGCACGUCAACAGAACGGAUUGGCACUCUGCAUUCACCGGCAUGUCCCGUCGACAGAUGAUCUACAGCACAGCCAAAGCUAUUGCAGGGAUGUACAAGCAGCGUUUACCACCCAGGAGCAUUUGA